CAUAAACUUAACUGCUAAGCUUUCAUCAUCCUCGUACUUAUACAAUGACAACCCCUGCGACUGCUGAAUAUAGCUGUCAAAAAACAAAAAUGGGGAAUUACGAUACUAAGGAAGACCAGAUGAAGGAGAAUAUUGGAGAAGAAGGGAUUGGGCUUGAUCACCAGGGUGCUGCUCUUUUUUUGAAUGAAUUACCGGAAGAAUGCGUAGCCAAAAUCCUUUCUGCUACCACCCCUGCCGAUGCUUGCAGAUUGUCCUGUCUUUCUGCCACUUUCAGAUCAGCUGCUGCUUCUGAUAGCGUCUGGAACAGUUUCCUGCCGCCUGAUUAUCAAACCAUUUUAUCAAGAUGGGCCGAGGCUGACUCCUCUUCACUUACUUUCUCUUCCAAGAAAGACCUGUUUUUCCAUCUUUGUCAUGUCCCUAUCCUCGUUGAUGAAGGCAGAAAGAGUUUUUCACUGGACAAAUGGAGUGGCAAGAAAAGCUACAUGAUUGCUCCAAGAGAUCUGCUGAUUGCCUGGGGAAACACACCGGCUUAUUGGGCUUGGAUUUCCCAUCCAGAAUCCAGGUUUAAGGAGGUGGCCAAGCUGAAUUAUGUGUGGUGGCUUGAAAUCCGUGGCAUGAUUAGUACCUCCAAGCUGUCACCAGAUACAAACUAUGCAGCUUAUCUUGUGUUCAAGCUGAGACAUGCCUUCGGCUUUAAUGACUAUCCUGCAGAGGUUUCACUGACACUUGGAGCUGAUAAAGUUUGUACGAAAUCUGUUGCUCUAGACCCCAUGAUUGAGAGUAGGCCUUGUCGACGGCGUGUCGGGCAUUGGUAUGAGCCGUCAUUGAUAGACCAUAGUGUCAUGUGCAGGCUGGAACGUUCAAAGGAGAGAGCAGAUGGGUGGCUAGAAAUUGAGUUAGGUGACUUCUUCAAUAGAUAUGGAGAAGAUGAAGUAGAAAUGAGUGUUAUGGAGGCAAAGGCUGGUAUUGCCAAGGGUGGUCUUAUUGUACAAGGGAUUGAGAUUAGGCCUAAAAAGGUGUAAAUAAGUUGGAGAAUGCAGAAUUAUUAUCUUCAGGCUUCAAAUCAAUUCUCUCAUUCAUUGCUUUCUUCAUAGGGAUAUUCCAAGCACUCCUCUUAUUGUAAAAUAACUUCUUUUUUUUUUUUCAUUCUGGUGGUUUAUGCAUUUGAUUUUUCUGAUGA